UCUCAUGACUACAACAUCGCUCUUAUUCAGAAGAGAGAAACCGUUUUAAACAUGAACUAUUUGUUUAGUUCUUCCAGUGUGUUUCGGCGCUGCAGGCUGACGUUAAGUAUGCGUAGGCGUAUAUGUAAAAUCACAAGCGGCUGCCUGUAGUAAUACGUAUGUAUGUAGGCCUUGUGGUAAUGGCUGUAGCACCCAAACAGUGCAUAAUAUGGCUAAAAACAGCCGUUUGAGACUAAAACCCUGGCCCUGCUCAUUUUGUGUCUUUCCUGCUUUAACAUAGCCACUUUAGCUCAAUAUUGGUUUGUUAAUGAGACACAGUCUAAGCUCCCCCACGGCACUGCAGCAAAUCUAAUGCCAAAUCACACUAAAAGCAACGAACACUGGCCGUCUUCAAAGGGAGGCGUGACCAUCCAACCGGGCUCUGGGCUGAGUGGAAAGCUAGUGUCCAGUCUGGUAUAUCUACGGUCCUUUUUCUCUAUUGAUCACCUGUUGAACUGUGGUGGGAAAGGAUUACAUCUCGCCCCCCAAGGAGAAACAGGAAACGGGGGCUGCUUAGUAAAGCAGGGUCACGGUCUUAGAAACGGCAGAGAAAUGGCACGCAAUACAGCGACAAACCACUAGAGGGCUGCCGUCAUCCAGGCCAUUCACUGCGCUUCCACGGCAGCAGGGGGCGGUGAGGGUCUUUCAGUUCCAGACGUACAAACCGAGAAUUUAAAAGUUGACAUUCUGAAGUGUAAAUUGUGGAAAGCGCUAUAUUCGAGUUUAUAUUCAUUACUGAGGUCUCUCCACAUUUAACGAACCAAUGGAGUUUCCGAAGCUUCCACCUCACGAUGGAGCCGUUUUGUCUGUGGUGGACAUGCACACUGGAGGAGAACCUUUACGUAUCAUCAUAAGUGGUUAUCCAGAUGUGACUGGGGACACUGUCCUUGCCAAACGGCGUUACGCACGAGAACAUCUUGACCACCUUCGGAAACUACUGAUGUUCGAGCCCCGUGGUCACUAUGAUAUGUAUGGGGCCUUGCUGGUCCAAAGUGAAAUAGCAGAAGCGGACAUUGGGGUUCUGUUCAUGCACAAUAAGGGCUACAGCACUAUGUGCGGCCAUGCUGUUAUUGCACUCGGGCGCUUCGCUGUAGACUACGGCCUGGUUAAGGCCCCGACUUCACCAGAGACCCAAAUAAACAUCCACUGUCCAUGUGGCUUGGUGAAGGCUUUUGUGGAGUAUUCCAACGGCAAAACGGGAGCAGUGAGAUUCCACAGUGUCCCAGCUUUUGCUUUUGCAACAGAUGUGAAAGUGACUGUUCCUGGGUAUGGUGAGGUCACAUUAGACAUAAGCUACGGGGGAGCUCUGUAUGCUUUUGUCAGUGCUGAGAGGUUUGGAAUGGACAUCAGUAAGUCCAGAACUAGAGAUCUGGUGGAUGUAGCCACUGCUGUGACCAGUGCAGUCAAAUCUCAGGUGAAGUUACACCAUCCUGUUAGUGAAGAUCUAGCUUUCCUUUAUGGCACCAUCCUCACUGAUGGCAAAGAUGCCUUUUCUGAUGAGCCCACAGCCAAUAUUUGUGUAUUUGCUGAUGCUCAGGUGGACAGGAGCCCCACCGGGUCAGGUGUGACUGCCCGCAUCGCUCUGCAGUACCACAAAGGUCUGAUCCAACUGCACCAGACUAGGAGCUUCAAAAGCGGAACCACAGGAGCUAUAUUUACUGGAAAAGCAGUACAGGAGACCAUGUGUGGGGACUUCAAGGCAGUGGUGGUCGAGGUUGCGGGUCAUGCUUACUACAGUGGAGUGGCCAGCUUCACUCUGGAGAAUGAUGACACCCUGAAGAAUGGCUUCCUCCUCCGAUGAGUCUGCUAUGGUACUAAAGCAAACAUCUGAUGAGCUGGAGUGAAGAUCUCCAUGUCUUCCAGUAAUUUAUGCCAUUACACUGGGGAGCUGCUGGGGUCCACAUGUUAUUUUCAAUCUGUAUUUCUUUUGCAGGAAAUCUGUAUGAAUAAAUUACUCUAAUAAUGAUUGUAUAUUCAACAAAAAGUAUUUUAACUGUACAUCUGAUUAUAUUAUUAGUGCAUGUCAGUUCUAGUGUAACACCGCUUGUACAGUCAAGCAGAGAAAUGCUAGAAAACUCGCUUCAUUUCAUUUUUUUUGAUGAAUGAUUGCCCAGUGAAUCCAAGACCUGUCUAUUCAAUAAACAUGAUUAAAACCAUUCUAGACGGUGAAUUAGAAUGUUAUGAUCAAUGAUAUCAAAAGCUGCAGUAAGAGCCAAUAAGACCAACAUAGCAGGAUUUUGUGCUUUAGUGCUAAGCCUGAGAUCAGUGAUAACACAAACCAAUGCUGUUUUAGUACUAAUUAUAACAAAAACCUGAUUGAAACUUCUCAAAUAAUUUAUUUGAUAUUAGAUCAGAUAUUACAUUAGACUAAUUUUUGAGUAUGGAAGGGUCAAUGCUACUCUUUUUUUUUUUAGCCUACACCAGGGCAGUUUUAAAAGCAUCUGGUCUUAAAAGCACCUCUUGACAGAGACCACUUUGCAAUAGAAAACAUUUUUAAUGCAAUCAAAAACAUGUUAAAGAAGGAGGUAGAGAAAGGGUCAAAAUCAUACUAAUCACAACAGAAAGUUAAAAUUUUCUCCCAUUUAUUCACCUUUAGAUCCAUUGAACAAUGGAAGGCAUUUUAAAUUACAAAAGUCCAAUGGAGGCAUCUCACAUUGUAAAAGGAAACUUUGUCACAACAUAAAACUAGACUGCAGAUAAAAAGACUGGAACAUAUCCAGCAAGGAAGGAAGAGCCGACGGAGAGAGUAUUGCAUUGAUUUGGUUAUUUACGUUUCUUUUUAAAUAAAGUUUACAUUUGACAUGGUGG